AGGUUACAGUGGAGCUCUGGCUGCUGCACACAGCGGAGCGAGUGCGGAGCGAGCGUUCGCACGGUUCGACAGACACACACCGGCGUGGAAAUGCUGGCGGGCCGAUUCGGAGCCACGGAACGGGCUGAUGAGCAGGUCUAACCUGACGUCGGCACUUUUUAGAAAAAAAAAAAUCUCCGAGCAGCGACGAACAAGUGGGAGACGCGCGGCGUUUUUACGCACUGGUUACGCAGCAUGUUCGAGUUGGACUAGAGACUUGGAGCGCAACACGCACGCGGAACGGCGCUGAGAGCCCCGGGGGGUAUUUACAAUAGGAACUCGAUUCCUUUGCGAGGAAGAAUAGCAGGUGGAGGAGCGAAAGACAACCCUGGAAUGAGGCGGACCUCGGGAUCCCCAGCGCGCUGCGGAGUGGUGACUGAUGGAUGAACGUGGUCAUCUGUAGGCUAUAAACAGCGACAGGUACCGACGGCAGCGGCGGGGGAGCGGCGACAAAGGCCGCAUCGGCACAUUUCCCCGCGAGACGCCGCCACCGGUCGCAUCCGCGUCCGCUGAGACGCCGCGAGCGGAGAGGGUCGCUGGUUCGAAAGCAGCCACAGGUCAAGCAGGACGCUCGGCCGAGAACCGGGGGCUCGUUUCCGCGUCUUGCGGACAGUUCAGUCAAGGACACGGGCGCCUGGAGCAGAUUUUAAGAAGUCGGACACAAGGACAUGUAUCUGAUAUCGACCUCACAUGCUCCCGACUGAUCGCAGUUCACCUUCCCACCGGGCGAAGCACAGAUAGAGGCUGCCAGGCGCGCAGGCUGUCCGACGCUCCGAGUUAUUGGCUCACUGUCUACGUUUAUCAGAAUGGCGGGACUCGGCUGUUGGAAGUAUUACCUCUGGAUCUUUAUUCUAAUGUGCAGGUCGGCCUUGCCUUCAGCAAAAACACUGGAGACUAUAAUCUGGAGCUCGCAGAAUCCCAAGUUCCUGCCGGGAAAGGGCCUCGUGAUCUACCCGGACAUCGGGGACAAGCUGGACAUCAUCUGCCCCAAAGCGGACCAGGGCAGAGAGUACGAGUACUACAAGCUGUACCUGGUGAAGAGGGAGCAGGCGGAGAGCUGCAGCACGGUCCUCGAUCCCAACGUCCUGGUCAACUGCAACAAGCCGCAGAAGGACAUCAAGUUCACCAUCAAGUUCCAGGAGUUCAGUCCGAACUACAUGGGCCUGGAGUUCAAGAGGAACGUCAAUUACUACAUCACCUCCACCUCCAACAGCACCGUCGAGGGCCUGGAGAACCGGGAGGGAGGCGUGUGCAAGAGCCGAGCCAUGAAAGUCAUCAUGAAAGUCGGGCAAGUUCCGAACGCCGUGGUGCCGGAGCCCCCAGACGACAACGCCAUACCGCAGCCCACUCCCACCUCGCCGGCCCGGGACUCCAACGUGCCCGAGAUGCCGGGAAACUCCGGCCACAUAAAUCCGGACCAGGGCACCCCGCCCAACUCGGACGGCAUCCUGGGCUCCAAGGUGGCCGUGUUCUCCGCCAUCGGCGCCGGCUGCAUCAUCUUCCUCCUGCUCAUCCUCCUCCUCGUCAUCCUGCUCAUCAAGAUGCGCAAGCGUGCCAGGAAGAACUCCCACGCGCAGCCCCGCCCCUCGGCGCUGUCGCUCAGCACGCUGUCCAAUCCCAAGCUGCCCGGGGGCACGGCUGGCACGGAGCCCAGUGACAUCAUCAUUCCGCUGCGGACAGAGAACAACUACUGCCCUCACUAUGAGAAGGUGAGCGGCGACUAUGGCCACCCCGUCUACAUUGUCCAGGAGAUGCCCCCGCAGAGCCCUGCCAACAUCUACUACAAAGUCUGACACGCUCGGAGCAACCAGCGACACCGCCAGGGUGGAGAGGAAGAGGAGCGCUUGAUUUACGUUCUUGGGAAGAACACUUUCCUUUGCAUUGUGGGGACUUGAUGCUUCCUCGAGCCCCUGUUAUUUCUACCACCUGCUGCACAAAUCUGGAGAGACACGCACUGGCUAGUUCCAAGCAGGGUUACGAGCUGACUGAUGAGAGAGGUUAAUUCUGUUUGUUUGGGUUGUCUGACAGUGAGCCCCCACCCGCCCCACACCCCCCCUCGCCUUCUCCACCCCUCACCUCCCACCUCCUGCGUCUCCCUGCUGCCCUCUGACAGGGGAGGGGGGGGGUGGAGGCUGGAGCGAACCAGCAGAUGGGAGUCCGGCUUCCCGGUUUGCCGUUCCCUUUAACGGGCAGGAUAUAACUUAUCUCAGCUCCCUGACGUACAGUCUGCGCUACACCCAAUUAAACACACCAUCCUAGCACCGCCAGCCAGCGACUGGCAGACGCAGGCGCCCGGAGCCUCCCGGCCUGCAGCUUGUGCGCGAGCAUAAAACGCGUGCGCGUGCGUGUGUGUGUGUGUUAGUCAGGGCUCCGCGCUGGGCCAGGAAACUCUCCAGAUAGCUCAGGUAUCAGACACAGUGUGUGAAAUAAUGUGUUCCUCUCCCUUCGCACCUCUGAUGUUUGCCUUACUUACUAUUUUUGAUGGAGGAUUUCCUCGAACCCUGAUUCAGUUCACAAAGCAGUUGUAUUUUGUUAGAUUUUUCCUACAAGUGCACAAUGUAUAGAGUUGAAUAUUUCAAUAUUACUCCAUAUUGUCACCGCCUCUGUCACCCAUUGCGCUCAUUUGUUUGUAGUGAGGACUUUGGACCUGGACCGUUGAUGUCAACCUGUGUGUGUGUGUGUGCGUGUGUGUGUGUGUGUCCGCUCUACUCCCUUCUCCUCUGGUUUGAUGAGCUUUGCCAUAGCUGUGGUAUUUAUGACCUAUUUUAAGUGUAUCUAAGGGUGUGUCCCCUGUGAGUGUGCCUGUGUGUUCGGGCGUGACCAGACCAGUCUCCGAUCUGUGCAGACUUAUUGGCUUAGGGGCAAAAACUGUACGUUACUGUAUCAUACCCAAGAACCAGACAGACCGACAGGCAAGCUCCUACAAAACCCUUCCAUUUGGCAUCGAUUGAAGGUUUUAUUGUGUGUGAUGAGCUUUUGGUGAGCUGUUUUUUUAAGACAGCAGGCAGGCUGAUAAUUGUUUGUUCUAGCUUCUGGUGCUUCGGUGUAAGCAUCAAACAGUUAGUUUGGUGCCCGCAGCCUGGGCGAAGUGGGUGUAGGUUGGGCGGCCGGCUGCGAUUGGCCGCCCUACAUAGGUGGGCUGCCCUAUAUAUAAGUUGGACGGCGACGUCGGGAUACAGUGCUGUCAGAUGCCAAUUGGCUGCCAUCUGUAGAUGAGUCAGUGGAGCGCGCACUCAGCGGUGUGACUAAUCUGCGUGCCAUCUCUGUGCCCACACUCACCAGCCGGGGACGAGCGAGCGAGAGAGAGAGAGAGAGGGAGGGGGGAGCGAGAGAGGGAUGAAGGAGAAAAUGUCCCUGUGACUUGGCUUUAACCUGAGAGGAAGAUGGCGGAGGGGACGUGAGGGAGGCGGUGCUGGUGGGGUGCGGGUAUUUUAGCACCCCCCCCCCCCUCCCCUCAGUUGUGCAGUGAAUAAAAAAUGCUGCGCACAAUAUUCCCCAGUCAAGGUGUGGAGGCAGCGAGGACGCCGCAGCUCAGCUAUCACACGGCCCAGGGCGGCGGCAGCGAGACGGGAUCCACUGCAGCCGCGCGUCCGAAUGCGUCUGCGUGCGCGCGUAGGGGCUUCGCUUCCAUUUGUGCUUAUAUGAGCAGUUUUUCCCCCUUUGUGUGUGUGUGUGUGUGUUGAACAGACUUGUUGUGGGUCUGGAGCGGAGGUGCUCCAAACAGUGUGUCUGCCAAAACACAGAGCGGCGCAGCCUCCGGUUAAUGAUGUGUGAGAGGAGAGGGGAGCAGACGAGGACAGUGACACACACACACACACACACACACACACACACACACACAGGGUCUGCGGGCGACUGACGGGUCCAGGUUUAUCUCCAGUCAAACGGUCAGAGACACCCAUCAUCCGCUGCCACAUGCUAUUCCCGGACACAGACGCGCACCGCUGAGUUAAAAGACAGCCCCGCUCCGAGGCUCCAGCGGCUUUUUUUCUGCGUGUCGUUAACGUCCGAGUUAACAACCUAAGCAGCUGCGUUUUCUUUUCGCGGCCCCGUGUUUUAACUCAGCGUGCGGCCUCCGCUGGCCUCUCUGCGAAACACAUCUACAUCAAAUGUUUUCGUUUCGGAUCGGUGCGCAUCCACUCACCUACACCAGCCAAGGGAGCCAUUACUUAAUGACCACAAACCAUACGUUAUCUCAUUCUCAUCCAUUCUAGUGACCACGUAAUGUUAUUGAAAUUAGGGCGAGGGAGGAAGAAAAUAACAGAAAUGUAAAUAUAUGGAUAGAGCCCAAUUUAAGAUGUAAUUUCACCUGAACACUGCUCAUGAGAAAAGUUUAAGAUUAGAUUUUUGUAAUGGAGGAUGUUUGUAAAUAGCUGUCUUUUUAAAGUGUGUUUUGUAUGAAUCCUUGCAUUAUUAUUAUUUUUUUUUUGGUCUCUGUUUGAAAUCUGAUUUUAUUUCAUUUUCUUUUUAGAGUUAAUCUGAAUAUUGCAACGGACACAUGAGCUGUCUUUUCCGCAGCGUCCAGUAUUGUCAAAAAGUCUUUGUUACCACAUGUGUUAAAAGAUUUAAAAGAAAAAAAAAAGAGAGAGAGAGAGAGAGCGAGAGGUUGAGAGUUUUUAACAUCGCCGUUCAACGGGACGCCACCGUUCAGGACUUGAAGCGCCGUCGCCGCCGGGUCCUCGAGGCGUCGGACGAUCGGCUCCCUGUUGGAGACAGCGCUUCGCUCUGCACACGGAGACUGUGUUAGUCCACUGCUUUUUGAGUUACCCACACCUUCCACUCCAUUAUGCGAUGUAACAAAAACAUUCUGGUGCACAAAGAUAAAUCUUUUGUGAGUUUUAAUAAGACUAUUGUGCUAGAUAGAGAGUGGGGGGGGGGGGCACGCAUGGGAGUGCGACUGCACUGCGCCUGCUAAUAAAUCACCCUCUUUACACCACUCAUUAUCUCCCAGGCGGUCCUUUGUUUUAAAGUUGCUCUCUCCUGCUCUUCCUCUCCCUCCUCACCCCCUCCCUCCCCCCCGGCCUCUGGCACAAGGCUGCCGGUCGCCCCACGGAGCCCCGGCGUAGGUUUGAUUUCUGCUCCUGUUCAAAGCCACAGUAUUAUUUUUCAACGUGCAUGUGUAAGCGAAAACCUGUUGAAUUUGUUUCCCUUUGUUUGAAUCAUAACUGUCAAGUUUUGUUAUUUUAAUUCUGUUUUUUUUUUUUUUUUCCUCUCUCUCCGCCAUUCACUUUCUCGCCGCUUCUCAGCGUAACCUAUUGGCACCAGCUACAAUGGAAAUAACGUUCCACCAGUUUGGAAACUACCGCAUAUUGAUAAAUAAAAUUUUUCCCAUGGA